GCCGCUUCUGUGGAGGGGCGUAUAUAGACAUAUAAAUUGUACAUGUGUGCGUUCAGGACAGGCAAGUCAGAAUUCUGCUGUCACAGACUCGUUUCACCAGACGUGAGUAUGUCUGAACCAGACAAAGCCAGCGACGAGACACGACUGGGCGUAAAGACGGACGAACACACGGAAGUACAUCGCAUUCAAGUUACGGGAGACCUGGCUGUGCAGGAUGAAAAGCUACGCGAGAUGUUUGACGCCAUUGACACAGACAAAGACGGACGGUUGUCCCUGGACGAACUGAUAAAAUGGUACCACGUGAUGGGACUCAACCCAACACAAGAGGAGGUGAAAACCGUUCUGGACCAAUGUGAUGCUAACGGGUCCACAUAUAUAGAAUAUGAUGAGUACAAAGACAAAUUGAAGAUCCGGAUGGACGCUGCUGUAGCAGAAAGGGACUCUCUAAUGAACGCCUUCAGGACACUGGACAAAAAGGCAGAAGGCACUGUCUCCUGCCUUACACUCCGGACGGUGCUAACAGGAACAGGAGAUGCUCUCGACGACGAAUGGAUUGACGAGAUUUUUCGAGACAUGGACGUUAAAAAGGAUGGAGUUGUUAUAUAUAAAGAUUUGGUUGGGAAGAUAUGCAAGACUUGAACGCCAAGCCACAGUGAUGCAAACACCGACAUGCCGGAUCUGUUAGUCGUGUUGUCGGGGAGUUAACACGUCAUCAAUGUGUCAAAAGUCAUAUAACAUACAUAAACAGCACGUAAAACUACAAUAUUAAAGGCUAACCGGUCACAGUGUCAUAACAUGACGAUUAGUCUUCAUCUAUACAACGGAGACAGGGUUGACGAGUCUGCAACGUUCAUCGUGUGAUAAGCACCAUUGUGGUGUUCCAAGGUCAAAUAGUUUCCGGAUUGUCAAGGAUUCAUAAAUAUCCUGUGAUUUUGUAUUAUUUUUAGUAUUCUUCCAUUCUGAAUGUAAGUAAAAUGUAUGCUGGCUA